AUGAAUAGUAAUAAUAAUAAUAGUAAUAAUAGUAAUAAUAAUAGUAAUACCAUAAAUGCAACGAGUGAUAGUAAUACCACCACUACAAAUACCACAACCUCAACUACAACUACAACAACUCACAUUCCAGUAGAUACCUACUUUCCCAUUCGUUUAUUACCUUCACUCAAUGGUUAUACAAGUAUUCCACUCUCUGCACAAGAUGGAAAUUUCAUUCGAGUUCAAACCCAAAUGCCUCCUCUCAAACCCACUCGUCGUACCGAUCGUAUUCAAUACUAUGAAUUCAUAACAUUUGAACGUAGACAUGAAGAAUUUCAAUAUUUAGAUAUUUUGAGAGAUUUAAUCUUGUAUUCUGGAGUUGGUAUUCGAUCGGAACGUACCGGAGUAGGUACUAUAUCUAAAUUUGGUUAUCAAAUGAGAUUUUCAUUGAGAAAUCAUUCAUUUCCAUUACUGACCACAAAGAGAGUGUUUUGGAAAGGUGUUGCUAAAGAAUUACUUUGGUUCAUUUCUGGAAAUACAAAUGCCAAUACUCUGUCUUUACAAGAUGUACAUAUUUGGGAUGGAAAUGGAAGUCGUAAAUAUUUAGACUCGAUUGGAUUGACUCAUCGUGAAGAAAUGGAUUUGGGACCAGUCUAUGGAUUUCAAUGGAGACACUGGGGUGCACACUAUGAAACCAUGCAUUCCGAUUAUUCUCAAAAAGGAAUUGAUCAAUUAAGGAAAUGUGUGGAUACCAUACGAGAGAAUCCUACGAAUCGUCGUAUUAUAUUAUCAGCAUGGAAUGUUUCAGAUUUGAGUCAAAUGGCUCUACCACCUUGUCAUUUAUUGUGUCAAUUCUGGGUGGAUACAAGUACACAAGAAUUGAGUUGUCAAAUGUAUCAACGUUCAUGUGAUAUGGGUUUAGGAGUUCCUUUUAAUAUUGCUUCGUAUGCUUUGUUGACUUGUAUGAUGGCUCAAGUAUGUGGUUUGAAACCAGGUGAUUUUGUUCAUAGUUGUGGAGAUUGUCAUGUCUAUUCCAAUCAUAUUGAACCAUUGAAGGUACAAUUAGAGAGAAAUCCAAAACAUUUUCCAAAAUUGUAUUUGAAUCCAAAUGUGAAGGAAAUGGAUGAUUUUAAAUUUGAAGAUUUUAUUUUGAAAGAUUAUGAACCUCAUGGAGUGAUUAAGAUGGAUAUGGCUGUGUGA